AUCUUCCACCGGAAGUCCGAGAAUCUACAUUUUGGACUUAAUUCCUACCGUAAAAGAAGAAAGGUGACGUCAUUGUUUACGGUAGAUGUGUGUUGCUGUCUAUGUCGAUGGUUGCUGUCUAGCAGCUAAUUCCUGAGGUCUUCUGCAUCUUUUUACUUUGUGUUUGGCUCUAGGCGGCUUUGCAUGUGUGUUGGCUGAUGCUAUUGCUAUCGGAGGAUCUCGCGCGGCGGUGGUUGAGUGCUUUUGUUGUUAAAGUUAAUGUGUUAGGAACGUAAAGCCAGCAUGCUAACUGUUACUUUAAGUCAGCAUCAGCAUAAAGAAAACAAACAUCAGCUGCUUCUAUUGAUUUAGACAUGUUUUCUACUCUUGCGUUGCGUGUCUCUAAUAUGUUGUAGCGUUUUGCUGUGAAGCUGUCCUCCAUCAGAGACUGCUGGUCCACCUGUCUGACAUUCAGGAGACAGUCUCCUUCCAGGAGGGGAGGUCUCCUUUCAACAUGGCUUCUGAACUCCAUGAAACCAUAUUUAGGGCCAAGCAGGAGCACCACAAAAACCUUUUUCUGAACUACAAAAACCUGAACAUGUUUCCGGUGGAGCUGCUGAAGGAUGAAGGGCUGCGGUUUCUGGAGAGAUUGUACAUGAAGAGAAACUCCCUCACCACACUGCCUGACAAUCUUGCUCUGAAGCUCCCAAAGCUAAAUGAACUGUACCUGCACUCAAACAACAUAGUCGUUAUACCCAAAGCUAUUGGAAACUUGGCCAGACUUCAGUCGUUGGACCUGAGCAAUAACGUCCUCCAGCUGCUCUGUCCAGAAGUUGGCCGUCUAAGUCUACGCCACCUGAGACUGUCCAACAAUCAUCUUAUGCUGACUCCUGCAGAGAUCGGUGAUCUUCAGGACCUGGAGACACUUGACGUAUCCAUGAACCAGCUGAUGUCUCUACCAGGCAGCCUGCACCGCUGUGUCUCGCUGCACAACCUGACAGUGGACCACAACCUGCUGAGCCAUGUUCCUCGACAACUCUGCUGGCUACACUGCCUCAACCAGCUCUCCAUGGCUGCCAACCGACUAACCUUCCUCCUACUUGAUCUCGGCAGAUCCAGAGAGCUACAGUUUGUGUUUGUGGACAAUAACACGGACCUAAAAGGUCUCCCGUCCUGCAUGUACAACAAGGUCAUUGGCUGCAGCGGGUGUGGUGUAUCCUACCAAGGGCUGGGGGUGCUGCAUGAUGCUCUGAUUGGGCUUCCAGCUGAGGUGAAGGUGAUUGGAUCAGAGAAGGAUAACGUGGUUCCUCUGGAGGAGCUAGCCAUGAGGACUCUGCACCACAUCCACCAGCAGCACCCAGCAGGCCUGAACCUGCUGCCCCCCAUCAGCCUCCCAAAGGUCCUGCUGGACCUGCUGCAGUUCCCUCUGGGUCACUGUCACCGGUGCAGCCAGGCCAUGUUCACCAUCACACACCCGAAGUUUUUCCUAAUCCGCGACACGGCCCUGGCAGGAGUGCACCGCAGAACCACAGUGAGUUUUGUGGCCUAUUGCUGCUCCAGUCACUGCCACAGGACCUUUGACCUGCAGGGGUGAUGGAACCCCCCCCCAAAAGUUCAUCUUCAGUAUUGAGGGGGACAGAUAAUGUCCUGUGGGCUGUCAGCUGGUGAAGCUAACCACACAGGAACUCUGCUACCUGCCAUUGCAGAUGCUGGACGAUGGGACUGCUGCUCCUUGAGUUCAUAUUCCAUCUCUCUGGACAUAAAACACUUGUGGUCUAGCUGAUCAGCUUGGGGUGUUUGGGUUCAGGAUGAUCACCAUCAGUGUGAGACCUGAGGACCACUCACAAGAGAGAACUUUGACAAGCAAAGACUUUGAUUCUUGGGAAUUCAUGGAGUCAUUUUGUAAUAAUGCUAAUUACUGAAGAAUGUUUGAAGGUUUCUUAUUUAAAAGUGUGUUAAUUUUGUUAUUUAUAAAUAAUACAAUUACUAGAAGCUA